AUUUUUAUUGGGCUGUCGCUCUCUGAUGUGUUAAUUGCAAUCGAAAAGGAUCAAUCAACUAAGAAAAUAAUACUUGGGGAGAUUAUGAAUGUUGAAUCACACGACCAAAAAACAACAUUGGUGCUGCGAUCUGACAGUUCCGUGGCUGCACAAACAAUCGCUACCGCUUAUGUCCUGUCCGAAACUGGUGCCACCGAAAAAGAAGUUAAAAAUAUGGAGUAUACAGCACUGCCUCACACGGAAAGCAUAACAGAAUACCUGAUCACGCGCGCUGUGGAUUCUCCGCAACAUUACGUGUUCAAAUUCGCGUACGGAAUGGACGUGACUUCGGGAAAUGACAGCCUAACUAUUAAAGUUUUGUAUAGUCCACUACAUUCUGAUCACGGAGCAGCGGCGAGAUCGCUGGCUCGUGUGUACAUGGCACUCAUCAGGUAUUACACCGGUUCCUGGGACUCCACCAUACAAGUCAUUGACGAUCCACUGGCACUGGAUCUUACUCCAUGGAUGAAAUUUGCCGAAAGCCCGCCGAUAUUCGUUCAGUUUUUACUGAUAUUGACAAUAUCACACAUAGUCCUGAUACCGUCUAUGGAGAGUGGAAUCAAAAGGCACAUUCAGUGUAACACAUUAAACUUCUCGCCGUUGCGUUACUGGUUGUCAAUGCUCAUAUGCGACCUCAUUUUGUACUUGAUUCUCAUUUGUUUGAUGAUGGCUGCUAUAGUCACAAUUAUGAGUCUUGUUGCACCGCUUUACUUUGGCUUGGAGGAUUUCAUGGUUGUAUUUUUAAUGUUAGCUGUGUAUGGUCUGGGUUGUAUUCCGCAAGCGUAUAUUUUUAGCUUGGGCCCUCGUGCAGCGCUUAAUUCAAUGAUAUAUAUCAUCGUUAAUAUUAUAUUUGGGGAAACAACAGUGAUUGCCAAAAUAUUUUACGGGAACGCACUUGAUUACGCACUCAAUUUCCUAAGUUUCUCACCUCAAUUCAACAUGGGUUACGCUCUGGUGAAGAUCAAAAAGACGUUUCUAUACAAUAGUGAAUGCAAUAUUUUUCACUCGAAAAAUUUGUGUUCGUCCAAAACACUUCAUAAAUGUUGCCCGAAAUGUGGCGUACUGCAGGCUUGCUUUAUGAAAAAAAAUUACCUGGCCAGCGGGUCAGGUCUGAGAAUGGAGAUCGUGGCUAUGUUCACAAUAGCCAUUUUAUUUAUGACACUGUUGUUAAUUUGGGAGUAUCGAUAUGUUCAACGUUUCUUCUCGCUUAUUAUGUCCAAGUGGAUGUUUCCAAAAGAGGAACAAAUUGAGGCGGUCACACAUGGAGUAGCGCAAGAAAGAAUGGAUGUCAUGAGUAAGAAAAGAGAGAUAAAAUCCAACAACCCUCGGACUAAAAUAAGGAAAGACACAUUUGGUGAAUAUUUGCUGGCAUGCGAUGUGUCUCGAGUAAGAAGUGGUGUGUUCUAUGUUAUACGGCACCUGAGCUUCGGCAUUGGCCGUGGUGAGGUGCUAGCAAUAUCUGGACAAUAUUAUCGUGGACGCCAGAAGCUGUGUGAACUGGUUGCAGGUUAUAGACUUCCCACGUCAGGAAACCUCUGGAGUAUGUCAAAAUGGAGUAUCAACGUCGGCCCUUAUAUGUCGCCAGAUAAGUCUGAGCUGUAAACACAAGUCUCUACCCCACUGGAUGACAGUGACUGAAGGUUUAAAAUUGAUUGCUGUUCUCCGCGGCGUGCCGAAGGAGUACAUCAAACCCGAAAUAACAAAUUACAUAAACGCUCUUGGUCUAGCAAGGAACGCCCAUACGAUUAUACAAUAUCUUGACUCCAAUGAGAGGUCGCGUCUCAACUUCGUCUCGGCAGUGAUCGGUGCUCCGCCCGUGGUUAUCUUUGACGAGUGCACGGCCUACCAAAAGUACUCCGUCCAACGUGCC